AUUUUCUCAAACCUAUUUCCAUUUUUAAAAUUUUCUAAAUAAAAAGACACAAACUUUUUAUCAAGUGGAAACAACAAAGAAGUAAAAAGAACCCAUUUUUUUUUUACAAAGGGUUUAGCUUUACAUGUUCUUCUACUCUGUUUUUUUUUUGUCUGGUAAUAGUGUUAAUGGAGUCCCCAGACCAAACCCAGAACCAGAAAAUUCCUAAUAAUGAUAAAGACAGUCUUAUUGGCUGUGAUCAUGCUCUGCAACUCAAUUCCCAUGGUGACGGUGGCCCUAAGCCCUUCAACCCUAGAAGGUAUCAGUUAGAGGUGUACGAGGUUGCAAUAAACAAAAACACCAUAGCUGUAAUGGAGACUGGUGCUGGGAAGACAUUGAUAGCAGUCAUGCUCAUCCACAACAUUGGUCAAACUAUAAAGUCAACACAAGUUAAAAAGAUCAUCAUAUUCUUGGCUCCCACUGUUCAUCUUGUUAAUCAGCAAUUUGAGGUUAUUAAAAGUCAUACUGGUUUUGAAGUGGGAGAGUACUAUGGAGGCAAAGGGGUUGAUGAGUGGACUGAACAAGUCUGGCAAAAUGAAAUAAACCAGCAUGAUGUCCUGGUUAUGACACCCCAGGUUCUUUUAGAUGCAUUAAGAAGGGCUUUCUUUAGCUUAGAAUCAGUAGGUUUAAUGGUUAUCGACGAAUGCCAUCGAGCUAUCGGUAACCAUCCUUAUACAAAAAUAAUGAAGGAAUUUUAUCACAAAUGUAGGAGAAAGCCUAAGAUUUUCGGAAUGACAGCUUCGCCUGUUGUUAGAAAAGGUGUUUCUUCAACAACGGAUUGUGAAGGUCAACUAUCAGAACUCGAAAGCAUUUUGGAUUCCCAGAUUUAUACUGUUGAAGACAAGGCAGAGAUGGAAAUAUUUGUCCCCUCUGCAAAAGAGACUCUUAAAUUUUACGAUCCAAAUCGGUAUCCAUUUUUAGAUUUGAAAGCAAAGAUAGAAGCCUUAUGGUUGAAGUCUGAUGCUUCAUUUUCGAAUUGGCUAGAAUCGGUGCAAAGUAAUUACAAGGACAUGGAUGAUAGAAUUAAGACUCUGCGUAAACGGUUGUCAAAUGACCAUGGAAAGAUCUCAUAUUGCCUUGAUGAACUUGGUCUCGUGUGUGCUUAUGAGGCUGCGAAGGUAUGUCUGGAAAACUUCCCCAAUACCCAAGAAGAUUGUAAAGUUCAUCGAGAAAGUUUGAUGGAGUACAAAUCUUUUCUCGAGGAAGUGUUAUGUGCAUUCGAGGAAUCAUUUACACAUGGCUGUGAAGAUUUCAUGGGUCCUGAGUUUGACUAUGUAAAGGCUGUGCAUUUGGGCUAUGUUUCUUCAAAAAUACAAGAGUUGAUUGAACUUUUCCAAUCUUUCGGAGGAGCUAUGGAGUUACUUUGCCUAAUCUUUGUUAAUAGAAUCAUCAUAGCUAAAGUAAUCGAAAGAUUUGUGAAGAAAGUCGCUUGUUUAUCUCACUUUACAGUUUCAUAUUUGACUGGAAGUAAUACAUCAUCAGUUGAUGCCCUUGCACCGAAAUUGCAAAAGGAGACUUUGGAUUCGUUUCGCUCUGGAAAGGUCAAUCUGUUAUUUGCUACUGACGUAGUUGAGGAGGGAAUUCAUGUGCCGAACUGCUCCUACGUGAUACGUUUUGACCUGCCUAAGACUGUCCGAAGCUAUGUCCAAUCAAGGGGACGAGCUCGACAACUCGACUCUCAGUUUGUCAUGAUGUUGGAGAGGGGAAAUGCUAAGCAAAGGGACCAAUUAUAUGAAGUCAUCAGGAGCGAGCGCUCAGUGAUAGAUACUGCUACAAAUAGAGAUCCUAAUAUGUGCAUUGUGAAGCCAUGUGCUUCCGAGGUUGCGCCUGCAUAUCAUGUGGAUGCCACAGGAGCAUCAAUUACAGCAGACUCUAGUGUCAGUCUCAUACAUCGGUAUUGUGAACGGCUCCCCGGUGAUAAGUACUUCACCCCAAAGCCAACUUUUAAGUGCUCGUAUGUUGGACAAAGGUUGUUUGAGUGUCGGAUAAUGUUACCUCCAAAUGCGGCUUUUAAAACGCUAGUUGGUCCGGUAAGUAAAAACUCUCAUUUAUCUAAGCAGCUGGUUUGCUUGGAAGCCUGUAAAAAAUUACAUCAAUUGGGCGCUCUAGAUGAUCAUCUUCUUCCUUCCACCGAAGAAUCUUCAGAAAAAAGUGUGGCUGUGAAAAGCAAAGAAGCCGCUUCUGGUGCUGGAACAACGAAAAGGAAGGAAUUGCAUGGAACGACUUGUGCUCGAGCAUUAUCUGGAACUUGGGAAGAAAAGCAUGAUGCUGUUUUUCAUGCUUAUAGGUUUGUCUUUGCCUGCAGUAAUGUUGGCGAAUUCUUUUCUGAAUUUGUUCUUCUAAUCGAGACGAAGCUUGAUGAUGACGUUGGAAAUUUUGAGUUGGAACUCUUCUUGGUUUCAAAGACUGUUAAGUCUUCUGUUUCUUAUUGUGGACAAGUAAAUCUAGAUGCAGAACAGAUGAAGAAAGCAAAAUGCUUUCAGGAACUAUUCUUUAAUGGAUUGUUCGGGAAGUUAUUUAUUGGAUCUAAAUCAAGUGGAACGAAGAGAGAACUUUUACUCCAUUACGAUGAGAAAAGGUUAUGGAACCAAUUCUAUUCAUAUUUGCUUCUUCCACUCGAUUCAUUAAAUGAGACAAGUAAUGAAUCUUGGAGAAUAAGUUGGCAAGAGAUGGAUUCUUGCAUUUCCGUGGUAGAACUGCUGAAGAAGAACUCAUUGUCAGGUGCCCAGCAUUGUAAUGGCGAGAAUGGAAAUGUGUCGCCAUGCAAGACCGAGCCCUUGGAGAGUAUAAGUGAUAAUAUAGUUCGCUUUGCUAAUGGUUCUGUUGAUACAUCCAAUCUCGAAGAGAGAGUGGUAUUGGCUAUUCACACCGGAAAAUUGUACUCUAUUGUUGAUUUGGAGAGUAGCACAUCGGCUGAGAGCCCGUUCGAGGUUAAUGGUGAUGAUGUUCCAUCACCAUUCACUUCCUAUACUGAGUACUUUAACAAAAAGUAUGGGAUUGUUCUAAAGUAUCCAAAUCAACCUUUAUUGCGGUUAAAGCAAAGUCAUAAUCCUCACAACCUACUGGUGAACUUCAGUGAUGAAGGUGCUACUGGUAAGACAUCAAAAAAUGGCCUCUCUAAGCCACAAAUGCAUGCCCAUAUGCCACCAGAGCUUUUGAUGACUAUUGAUAUACCGAGAAGUGUUAUAAAAUCACUUUAUCUAAUACCGUCAUUGAUGCAUCGAUUGGAAUCCCUAAUGCUAGCCAGCCAACUUAGAAAAGAAAUAGAUUUUCAGCUCUCAGAUGCUAGCUCUCAAAUUUCAAGCUCAUUGAUUCUCGAAGCUCUUACAACCCUUAGAUGUUGUGAAAACUUUUCUAUGGAGCGUUUGGAAUUGCUCGGUGACUCAGUUUUAAAAUAUGUUGUUGGUUGCCACCGCUUUCUUAAAUAUCCCAAGAAACACGAAGGACAACUCACUUCUCGGCGGUCUUCAAUUAUUUGCAACUCGAAUUUGCAUAAAUUGGGAACAGAUCAUAAAUUGCAGGGUUAUAUACGCGAUAGUGCAUUUGAUCCACGUCGUUGGGUCGCUCCAGGACAGCAUUCAUUACGCCCUGUUCCUUGUAAAUGCGGAUUGGAUACUUUAGAAGUACCUCUCGAUCGAAAAUUCCAAACGGAAGAUCCAAAAAUCGUGGUUGGAAAGAGCUGUGACAAAGGUCAUCGAUGGAUGGGCUCGAAAACUAUAGCUGAUUGUGUUGAAGCCCUCAUAGGAGCCUAUUAUGUGGGUGGUGGACUGACUGCUGCAAUUCAUAUGAUGAAAUGGUUCGGUAUUGAUGCUGAGCUUGAGCCGUCUUUAGUUUUAGAAGCAAUUUCGAUUGCAUCUCUUCGGUUUUAUACCCCAAAAGGAGAUGAGAUUGCAACCCUAGAGUCAAAAAUCAAGUAUGUAUUUUCAACCAAAGGUCUUCUGCAGGAAGCAAUAACACACGCAUCUGAUCAAGAACUCAAUCUCGAUUACUGUUACCAGAGGCUCGAGUUUCUUGGCGAUUCGGUCUUGGACUUGCUUACAACAAGGUACCUUUAUGAGACCUAUACAGAUAUCGAUCCAGGCGAGUUAACAGACUUGCGAUCAGCAUGUGUUAGCAAUGAAAAUUUUGCUCAAGCUGCUGUAAGACGAGACCUUCAACCGCACCUCCAACAUUGCUCGGGGCUGCUUCAAAGUCAAAUAGCAGAGUAUGCGAAGUCUUUCGGUGAACAUAACAAUUCAAGUAAAUCGUUUGAAGGAGCAAAAGGUCCCAAGGCUCUAGGGGACAUGUUUGAAAGUAUUGCAGGGGCAGUGCUAAUUGAUACCAAGCUUAAUAUUGAUGAAGUUUGGAGAAUAUUUGAACCGCUAUUGUCUCCAAUUGUGACUCCGGAUAAACUUGAAUUGCCGCCUCUUCGUGAAUUGAACGAAUUAUGCGAUUCUCUUGGGCAUUUUAUCAAAGAAAAUUGUACAAAGAAGGGCGAAAUGGUGCAUGCAGAGCUUACCUUGCAGCUUAAAGAUGUUCGGUUGAUCGGAGAGGGAAGUGACCGUAGCAAAAAAGCAGCAAAGGGAGAAGCAGCUCGUCAGUUGUUGAAAAAACUGGAGACUAGAGGAAUUUCAUACUCAUGGUUCUCCAAGAAGAGGAAGCAGGGUACCGAAAAUGUAGACAAUUUAUUCUCCUCAAACAUGAACACUGACGAAAACGGUCAGACAAUAGACGACGAACCUGCAGAAGCACAUAACCAUAAAAAACUCAAGACAGAUGGACCUAUAGAUUUUGUAAAAUCAAAUGAUGAAGUUAUGGGCAAUGUCGCCGACUAUUCUGAGAAAAAAGGCUGUUCUUCCAACCAUGACACCCCAGUUAUUUCAAUCAAAAUGAACAAAGGAGGACCUAGAAUGACACUGUUUGAGCUUUGCAAGAAGCAACAAUGGCAAAUGCCCGAAUUCAAAUCGAGAGAAACUAAAUCCAGAACUCCUAUCGAGCUCGGGGAAGGCUCGGAAAAAAGAACAGGCUUCAACAGUUAUGUAUCAGAUAUAGUUUUGUACAUUCCCAACUCCGGUGACAUUGGAUGCACCGGAGAUGCCAGGGCUGAUAAGAAGAGCUCGCUCGACUCGGCUGCGUUGGUUAUGCUUUACGAGCUUGAACAGCAAGGAAAACUCAUCAUUGGUAACAAGUCUUGACUCGUUUUAUUUCAAGAAUAAAGGAUGUGUAAGGAGUUGCUUGUGCUAUAAGUUACAGUCCACCAUCCCAAUUAAUCUCCAUUGCAUGAGGUUUCAAUCUGUAAUGUGUACAAUAUAUGUCAAGACAUUGUAACCGAAUCUUUUACCAUGAUAUGCAAAAGAAUUCAUUAAGUUA